AUGGAAGAACAAGUUAAGUUAUUUCAUGCUUUUGGGUUAGGCCCGUUGGCUAUCAUUCAGCCUGGGCGAAUUGAUUAUCUUUUGGUCGCAGCUAAUAUAGAGAGGUGGCGUUUUGAGACCAACACCUUUCAUUUCAACAUUCAUAUUGGUGAGAUGACACCAACACUUUUUGAUGUAUAUGAGAUAUUAGGAGCGGUUAUGGAUGGCGACCCAGUUACAUGUCGUCCUAUCAAAGACCUGCGAAAGUUUACAAAAGAUAAUUUGGGUAUAGUCCCCGAUGGCAACUUGGUAAGCCUGAGUGUAACCAUAUUCGCUGAUGCAUCAAUUUCAACAGUGCCAACAAGGUACCUACAGUUUUUUGAAGCAAUUGAGGGUGCCAACACAUAUGCUUGGGGUGCUGCAGCCCUUGCAUUACUCUAUCGCUCACUUGAAAAAACUUGCAUUUUCAAGCGAAGACAUUUUAGUGGUUCAGCCACUCUCAUACAGUGUUGGUCAUAUGAGCAUAUUAUGCAUAUGAGACCCAUACUGCAUAGUAUCCCUCCAAAUAUGCUUAAGGCCAAAAGAUGGGAGCCAUUGAAGAAAUAUCAUGGCAAUCCACAUAACUUAAUGCCUCCCAUCAGACAAGAAAUUGAUAGCCUCCAACCUAAUGAAGUUAAUAUAAUUUGGAAUCCCUAUUUCAACCCUGAUGAGGUCAUUUCAAAUGAUAGGCAGCAGACCGAGUAUGCCAGCAAUUUGGAGCAAAACAUGACAUUCCUAAGAAUCCCUUGCUUGUUAGUAAGAGGGCAAACAGACAAGUUGGACAGCGAGAUUAGCGAAAAUGUCAAUGCAGAUAAAAUCACUAACUGGUUAUCUCGCCAUGAUCGCAUCAUGCUUGAUAUUCAACAAUAUACUGACAAUGGUUUGCCCUUAGAGGAGUACAAGGCCUGA